AUCCAGCUGAGCCAAUCGCAGCAGGCGAAGAUGCGGAGUAAAGUUGAGGGGUUUGUUAUUUACCCUCCCCCUUUGAAAGUUUAUAUGAAAAAAGGAUCCCAAGACAAGGCCGAUCACGUGGUCCACAACCGAAAGCAGCCAUUGGCCAAAACCACAGAGAAGGCGUUCCGACGGCGGCGGCGUGGGUUCGCUUGAGUGACACAAUUAUAACAAGUUUGAGCUGGCGACUAGGGGGAAGUUUGAGAUAUUACUAAAUAAUAAUUUACCGUUGAAUCCUGCAUUGCUCAUUCUGCGUGCAUUUUUGGUGUACCUGCGACUCAUUUAUGUCGAGGACCAUGUGAAAAAGGGGGUGUUCAGAGGAAAUUAUUUUCCGUCUAUUCUUUUUUUUGCGUCUAGAUCUUCGCCAAAAGGUGCUCGGCUUGCGGUGCGUAAAUAUUUUCGCUGGAGUUUUUUGUCUAUGAAAUCGUGCGGAGUGUCAGUGCCCGCUGUAGCUCGCGCUGCUGCUGCUGCUGCUGGUGAUGAGGAAAAGAAAAUGGCGGCGGGAAAAGCGAGUGAAACCGAGGAGGACUUUCCGAAGCUUACGCCGCAAGAAAGGGAGCGCUUAGCCAGCGUAGACAGCACACUAUUUGGAUUUCAGAGGCUUCAUGAAGAUGGCGCCAGAACGAAGGCCUUGCUGUUAAAGGCUGUUCGCUGCUAUGACGUCUACAUCUUAAAAGCUGAAGGGAAAGUGGAGCCAGAGGCGUUUUGCCAGUUAGGUCACUUCAACCUUUUACUGGAAGAUUAUCCUAAAGCAUUAUCUGCAUACCAGAGAUACUACAGUUUACAGUCAGACUACUGGAAGAAUGCUGCCUUUUUAUAUGGCCUUGGUUUGGUUUACUUCCAUUACAAUGCUUUUCACUGGGCAGUGCAGCACACCCCCUCAGAUGCCCAUUCUGGACUGAGAAGGGCGAUUAAGGCGUUUCAGGAGGUGCUUUACAUUGACCCUAGUUUCUCAAGAACCAAGGAGAUCCAUCUGCGGCUUGGCCUGAUGUUUAAAGUCAACACAGACUACGAGUCAAGCCUCAAGCAUUUUCAGCUGGCAUUGAUUGACUCCACACCCUGCACUUUGUCCAAAGCUGAAAUUCAGUUCCACAUCGCACAUGUAUAUGAAAUUCAGAAGAAAUACCACGUCGCAAAGGAAGCUUACGAGAGUCUGUUACAAACAGAGAAUCUCCCUGUGCAGGUGAAGGCAACUACGCUCCAACAAUUAGGCUGGAUGCAUCACACGGUCGAACAGUUGGGAGAUAAAGCCAACAAGAGCAGCUAUGCUAUUCAGUGUCUGCAGAAGUCCCUAGAAGCAGACCCCAAUUCGGGACAGUCUUGGUACUUCUUGGGCAGGUGCUACUCAAGUAUUGGGAAGGUCCAAGAUGCCUUCAUAUCUUACCGACAGUCUAUUGAUAAGUCUGAGGCCAGUGCAGAUACAUGGUGCUCAAUUGGUGUGUUGUAUCAGCAGCAGAACCAGCCGAUGGAUGCACUGCAGGCAUAUAUUUGUGCAGUGCAACUGGACCACAGCCAUGCGGCCGCCUGGAUGGACCUGGGCACACUCUACGAGUCCUGCAACCAGCCUCAGGAUGCCAUCAAAUGCUACAUCAAUGCCACGUGCAGCAAGUCCUGCAGUAACAUCCCAGCUCUAACCGCUCGCAUCAAAUGCCUCCAGGCUCAGUUGUGUAAUCUUCCGCAAGGUAGUUUACCAAGUAAAAGUAAAAUGCUCCCUAGUAUUGAGGAGGCAUGGAGCCUACCAAUCCCAGCAGAGCUCACCUCCAGACAGGGAGCGCUCAACACAACACAACAGCAAAACACCUGCAAAGCUCAUCAGAGCAAUGAAGGCCAGUCCCAAAUCCCAGGCCAGUCUCUUCCCCCUCAUAUGGUCUCUGGCCAGACUGAUGACCAGUCCGGCCCAGCCAAAAGGAAGAGGACUGCUAGUCCAGCCAGGAAUUCACCUGAUUCCUGGGCAAAUGUUCCAGGUCAUCAUCAAGUCCCCAACUGGAGUUUAACCCCACAGAAGCUUCAGCUUCUGGAACAGUUACGGACCAACAGGGCUAAUCUGAAGCCAGUGCAGCUGCAGAUGCUGGAACAGUUGGAAAAGCAGCUCAGUCUAAUGCAACAGAAUCAGCAGAUGAGGCUGAAUGCUAUGGGUCAGAUACGACCCAGUGUGUCCAACGGUCCUAUAGCCGACCCCUCACUGCCUAUGAACUCUAAUUCCACAUCCUCCUCUCACCAUCCACACAUUGCUCUUUCCCGCACUCCCUCCGCCCACUCACGAUGCGCUGCUCAGCCAAUAGCCAAUGGACCUGUCCCUGCAAGCCCCGCCCCAUGCACGGCUGGAACCCUGGGUAACACAGAUACCGUCUCUGUGGGCAAUAAUCACCUCCCAGGAAUGGGGAGCAACAUAAAUGUGCCUUACUUGCGGCAAAACGCACUACCUCAUAACUGCACAACCCCCACCAGCAGCAGCAUGGAUGAUGAACCGUGGAAAAGCCAACACAUCAACUCCACUCAGGGGCUUCAGAAGAGUCCAGGUUCAUGUUCAGCAGGUCCUAAUGGCGAGCAGCCUUUCUCUUCCGCUGGGACUUCCCAGCCUACCCCGGCAGCCGGCACUGGCGUUCCAAAUCAGGUCGGACGUUCGGCCACAGCCAGCGACACGUUAGCGCCGGAGGCCAGUCACAAUCACAUCCCCUCCCCUCGCUCCUCUCACUCUGCUACCUCAGGUGGACAGCAAAGCAUGGUUCACACCAAAGAGAGCAAGCCUUCAGGAAAUGGGCAUUUCGCAGGGACGCCUAACAGCACUGCCACUGCAGAAGGACUGCCUAAUCACGUCCAUCAGGGCCAGGCAGACGCUGCUGGGGCGAAACCCUGCUCACCAGGUGUACUUAGUUCAGACAAUCCUCAGCUCUCUGCCUUGUUGAUUGGAAAAGCCAAUGAUAGUAAUCAUAGUAAUUGUGGUGGAUUGACAGCUGCCGGCACAAAGGUUAACAACAUUCACCCAAGUCUGCACCCGGGGCUUAAGGCACAGGAAAACUCGGUGGCCUCCUCCCCGUGUUCUGCCAUGUCCACAGCCACACCCUCACCCAAAUCUGCAGACCAUCACAGCACUCAGAACAGUGUUAACAGCCCCACGCUCAAUGGCAAAGGUCUGGAGGACUCUCAGAGCCCCUUGAAGGUGGCAUCUCCGCUGGUUUGUCGUAAACCCAUGCCUCCCUCGUUUGCCCCAUGGUCCUCUGUCUCCAUCUACCCCAGCUCCAGUGACGUGCUGAAAGCAUGCAGUUUUUAUCCUUUGUUUUCAUCGGUUGACAUUUUUGGUGUCUUUCUCUUCAUGCCAGACCUAGGAUUGUUCUCUACCAAGACUCUGGUGGAGGCCAACCCAGAGCACCUGGUGGAGGUGAGGACUCAGUUAUCUCAGCCCACUGAUGAGAACUGGGAUGUGACGGGAAGCAGGAAGAUGUGGCGUUUUGAGAGCAGCCGGUCUCACACCACCAUCGCCAGAUACGCUCAGUACCAGGCCUCGUCUUUCCAGGAAUCGUUGCGGGAGGAAAAUGAAAAGAAAGGGCAGAAAGACCACUCAGACACAGAAUCUGCUCCAUCAGAAAAUGUGGUCCGCAGAAGAAGAGGUCCCUUUAAGCACAUCAAGUUUGGAACCAACAUUGACUUGUCAGAUGAGAAAAAGUGGAAGCUGCAGCUGGCUGAGUUGAGUAAGCUGCCUGCCUUCAUGCGGGUGGUGUCUGCAGGGAAUCUGCUCAGUCAUGUGGGCCACACCAUUCUCGGCAUGAACACAGUCCAGCUCUAUAUGAAGGUCCCAGGCAGCAGGACACCAGGUCAUCAAGAAAAUAACAACUUCUGCUCUGUGAACAUUAACAUCGGCCCUGGAGAUUGCGAAUGGUUUGCCAUUCCUGAGCCGUACUGGGGUGUCAUGAAUGACUUCUGUGAAAAGAAUAAUAUAAAUUACCUAAUGGGCUCAUGGUGGCCAAAUCUAGAGGAUUUGUUUGAGGCCAAUGUUCCAGUGUAUCGCUUUAUCCAGCGACCAGGUGAUCUGGUCUGGCUUAAUACAGGCUCUGUGCAUUGGGUUCAGGCUAUCGGCUGGUGCAACAACAUUGCCUGGAAUGUAGGACCACUCACUGUGCAUCAGUACAAGUCAGCUGUGGAACGCUAUGAGUGGAACAAACUCCAGAAUGUUAAAUCCAUUGUUCCCAUGAUUCACCUCUCUUGGAACAUGGCCAGGAACAUCAAAGUGUCAGACCACAAACUCUUUGAGAUGAUCAAGUACUGUUUGUUGAGGACACUAAAGCAGUGUCAGACGUUGAGGGAGGCGCUUAUAGCUGCUGGAAAAGAGCUAGUUUGGCAUGGAAGGACCAAGGACGAACCUGCUCACUACUGUAGCAUCUGUGAGGUGGAGGUCUUUGAUCUGCUGUUUGUCACCAGUGAGAGCAACUCACGUAAGACAUACGUGGUGCACUGCCAGGGCUGUGCUCGGAGAUGCAGCCCUAACCUUGAGAACUUUGUGGUUUUAGAGCAGUACAGAAUAGAGGACCUCAUGCAAGUGUAUGACCAAUUCACAUUAGCCCCACCCCUGCCCUCCUCCUCAACUUGACGUUAACAUUAACGGUUCCUCGGAUAACACCCUGGAACGCAACACAUCUCUUUCUGAUAUUCAGGAGACCUGACCCAGUUCCACACCACUGGUUUCUGUAGCAAACCCCACAAGGCUGCUGGUUCUAAGCUGUUUGUCUAUGCAACCUUGCCAAGUAUGGAGUUUCGGCCCACUGGAGUGAAGUGGGAUCGUCUCCAUCUUCAGGACUGUUUCAGCUUGUUCAGCACCACUUCUCUUUGAAACACAAACUACAAAUAGACUAAUUGCUGAGGAAAAAUGGUUUUGUGUAUAUACCACAAAAGGCAAAAUCACUCAAAACUACUGACUCUUCAUUUUUCUUUUACUGUUGCUUUAAACCUCUUUUUUUGUUUUUGUUUCUUGUCUUUUUCUGUACUUCAUGUACGAUCUAAUACGUGAUUUUCUUUUAAUCAUUUCCUCUUAAGUACUACCGUAGCUGGGCUUUUUUUUCAACAUUUUCUUUAGGUAACAAAAAAGAGAAAUUUUGUAAUGUGAAUUUUUCUUUCCUUUUUAAAAAUGUUUUGUCUCUUUUUCUUAAGGAAAAAGUUAAGUUGGAGGGGGAUAGCCAAGUCACAAAGAAAAAUGGGUUGCACAUAGACUAAGGAAUAAACUUUAAUUUGCGUUAUAUUUCUAAUCUUGUUGUAAAUUUACACUAUUUAUAAAUAUUUAUUGCUUGAAAAUAUUUGUUGAUGGAAUGCUGGUAUUUUUUUUUCAGAGUUCCUGCCAUUAAAUUUUAUGGAGUAAUGUCAUUUUGAACAUUUCUCUUUUUACAUUUUCUAUACAUAAAACGGCUUAGCGAGCAUUGUACAGAAACAUGAAGAUUGAUAUGGUUUAUGGGUUACUAAUCAGAGUUGUCUUUGUAAUUAAAUGAUUCUUUUGUGAUGGAAAAGCCUUGUCUCGUCCAUGAAUUAUAACAUGUAUACAAUUUGAAUAGACUUUUUCUUUUUUUUAAAUUUGCACAAGUCUUUGUUUGCUGACUGUGCUUUGAUAACAUAAACUGGAUAUAUACUGAUUACUGAUGUUACACAAUCCAUUUCAUGUCAUGGUUGUCUUAAGUGCUAUUUUCUAUAUUGCCAUACUGCCAAGGUUCAGAAAGUAUCUGUGAACUUUAUGCUGUCAGUAAUAGGCCUUAAAGGGAUAGUCCACCCAAAAAUGAAAAGUCUGUCAUUUACUCACUU